AUGAAUAUUACACUGACUAGCUUAGAAGCUUUAAUUUUAAAAGCAACACAUGAAUCUCUUCCGCAACCUGAUCCUGCGGCCUUAGAGGCAUUUUGUGCAAUUAUGCGUGAAGCCGCUGAUGGGCAUCAUUUAGCGGCGCAGGCUUUAGCUUCUCGUAUUCACGUACAAAAUGCCCGUGAAGCUCUAUUAGCCCUCUCUAUGUUAGAUCGUCUUAUGCGUAAAGGCGACACGAACUUUCAAGCUGAAAUUGGAAAAUUUCGAUUUUUGAAUGAAAUGAUCAAGUUAGUUUCGCCUAAAUAUUUAGCUGACAGAACUGCUCCUGAAGUUAGGACUAGGGUUUUACAAUUACUGCAUGCAUGGUCUAUUGAAUAUCCAAAGGAGAACAAAUUUAAGGUGGCCUUCGACAUGCUAAAAAACCAAGGUGUUAUUAAGGAGACUCCACCACCUCUGCCUCCUGAGGAAGUAUCUACAGCUCGACCUAGAAUUAAAAGUGCAAUUUUUGAAGAUGAUGAAAAAUCAAAGCUGCUCCAAACAUUACUUCAAAGCAAAAAACCAGAAGAUCUACAGCAUGCCAAUAGAUUAAUCAAGAAUAUGGUUAAAGAGGAGGAAAAGAGAAAUGAAGCCAACAGUCGCAGGGCAUUAGAAGUGAAUGCAGCUCUAGACAGUGCCGGGGUUCUGGCUGACAUGUUGGAUCAUGCUGCUGAAGCUACUCCUGAUGAAGAACAACUCAUUCAUGAACUACAUUCCAGCUGCACUAGACUGCGAGUUGUGUUACAACAUUUAGCUGCUUCUGACACUCAAGUUGAGAACCUUAGUGACAUCCUUCAUGCAAGUGAUGUUUUAGAUGAAGUUUUUGAUAAGUAUAAUAAGUACACAGUUAACAAAAAAAGUAACAAACUCACACCUACAAGCCAAAAUAAUGAUAGUCUUUUAGACUUUGCGGGAGGAUCUACCAGAAACACAGAUAAAGGGCAUGAAAACAGAGCUGUAGAUGAUUUAGGUGACAUAUUUUUAAAUGAAAGCAGUUCAAAUAGUCCAAUCGUGGAACUCCUUACACCUGUCAGUUUAAUACAAAAUGAUACUAUCAAUUUAGAACAAAAAGCUAAGAAGGCCGAAGGCUGGAAUGAGCUAGACUCGCUUGGAGAGCAAUUAUUAAAGCAAUCAUUACCAGAAAAUGCAAAACGAGUUGACAAUUUUAAUCAGAAAUCGAAUAAAAAAAUUCCAAUGAAUGCACUAGAAAAGUCACCACCAAAGGAAGAUAAUCAAAAGAAUGAACAACUACUGGAUCUUGAUUUUUUCACCAAAAAACUGGACAACACAAACUUAUCACCUGCUGCACAAUCAAUUUCCAUCAGCCCAAAUGACGAUCUCAUGGUGGAUAUAACUGAAACAAUAAACAAUAAUAUUCAUACAAAUGUAGAAAAAAUACUAGACCUGGCACCUUUAGAAAACAAUACAAGCGAGCAAAGUAAAGACACUGUCGAACAGAAGGUAAAAUCCUUAGCCGAUAUAAAUGUGACUUUGCAAAGUGUGCAUCCUAGUAAAGUGGCUCCAUUAACAGUGUUUGAAGAUGAGGGUGUGACGGUAGUUCUGCAUUUUUGUAAAGAUAAACCGAGACCUGAUGUUAAUGUCGUUGUGGUGUCUACUAGGAGUAAGCAUGAGUCCGCCAUUGAGGAUUAUAAAUUUCAAGCAGUGGUACCUAAGGGUUGCAAAGUCCGUCUUCUCACACCAUCUAGCACCUCUCUGCCAGCCUUCAACCCAUUUUUGCCGCCACCCGCCCUAACCCAGGUACUACUCAUCGGACGGCCGCCCAACAUCUCUGAUAUUUCACUUAAAUUCGUUCUGACGUACACAUGUGAUGACGAAAUGUACUCAGAAAUGGGAGAAGUUAAAUCAUUGCCACUUGAUGUUUAA